AUGGAUUGUCACCAAGUCACAUCUCGUGCCCUCUACGAGGAUGACGAGAUCAACGACCAUGUCAACCAGAUCGACCAAGGAAACGAAACCAACGCAAAAUCAGGAGCCGAUCUAGAGAAGCAACCGACUGCAGCAUCAACAGCGUCGUUCCAGGAAACGUAUCCCGAGGGCGGCUUGCAGGCGUGGUCCGUGGUCGCUGGUUCGUGGUUCUCUCUAUUCGCUUCGCUUGGACUAAUGAACACUCUCGGCACGUUUCAGGCCUAUGUUCUCGACAACCAACUCACAGAGUAUAGCGAGGGUACUGUCGGUUGGAUCUUUUCCAUCUACACCUUUCUCGCCUUCUUCUGCGGUGUGUACAUUGGUCCAGUCUUUGACAAGUAUGGUCCGAGAUGGCUUGUCAUUGCCGGCGCUGUGUUCACCGUUGGCGGUAUGAUCUUUAUGAGUUUUGCGACUGAACUCUGGCACUUUGUCGUCGCCUUUGGCCUCCUCUGUGGUUUUGGAUCAUCACUUCUCUUCACACCAUCGAUCGCUGCUGUAGGCCACUUCUUCAAGGCUAGACGUGGACUAGCGACUGGCGUUGCAUCUACUGCUGGUGGAAUCGGCGGUAUCAUCUACCCCUUCAUGCUGACGAGGCUAAUCGAAAAGAUUGGUUACGGAUGGGCCACUCGAGUCAUUGCUCUCAUCUGCCUUUGCUGCAGUUUGAUCGGUAUCUGUCUUCUCAAAUCUCGACUUCCACCCGCCAAGGAUGCUACUGCGCACCCCAACUUUCUCAUCUUCAAGAGUCUGCCUUUCCUCUUCACCACGAUUGGCGUCUUCAUGUUGGAGUUCUCCCUCUUCAUUCCUCUCGGCUACAUCUCGACAUAUGCGCUGCACAAGGGCUUCGGAAAGGAUUUCUCCUACAACCUCAUUCCUAUCCUCAACGCUGGUUCGGUCAUCGGUCGACUUCUGCCCGGCUACUAUGCCGAUGUGAUCGGUCCUUUUAACGUCAGCAUCCUGGCUGUGAUCCUUGCCAUUGUGGCCUGCUUCUGCGUAUGGCUACCUCUUGGUGGAACCACAGCUGGUGUCAUUAUCUUCACCGUCCUGUUCGGUUUCUCUUCUGGAACAUCCAUCGCCAUUGCGCCUGUCUGUAUCGGUCGACUGUGCAAAACGCAAGAGUAUGGACGUUAUUAUGCUACGGCCUAUACAAUCGUGUCUUUUGCUUGUCUCAUCGGUAUUCCCAUUGGUGGUAGCAUCGUCCAGGCCAAUGGUGGUGAAUAUUGGGGUCUUAUCAUAUUGACUGGUGCCGUUUACGUGGCAUCCAUGAUCUCGUUGUUCCUGGCCAAGGUCACUCUCUUGGGCUGGCACAACUGGAAGGCUGCCCUUUGA